GCCGGCAACCCCGAUAUCCAAUGUCGUCAAAUUCAUUUUGACAUUGAAUCGUAGAUUGAUCUGACUCGACCCGAUCCCGUCUGCUACAAGCUGCUACAUUACUGUCAGUGUCCCAAGCGUUGCCAUUCUAUCCUGUACAUACAGCAAAGUGCGCUUGGGAAGAUCAUACGCCAGGGACUUCAAUUCGAUCAUAACUUGAAAGUACUUGGCAGCCUGAGUACUGCUCAACCAUGUCGGUACAAGCGAUCGUAUCUUCCGGCCCCAAGGUAAUGCGCGUUGCAGUCGUCGGAGUCGGCCUCGUCGGCAGCGAGUUCAUCAACCAACUCCUUAACUUCCCAACCCCCAACCCCUUCCGGAUCGUUACCUUGACCUCCUCGAAGACUACGCUCCAUGCUCCAGACGGGCUGAACAUCACCCCGGAUAGCUGGAAGCAAAGCCUUGCACAGGCCAGUCUGAGGCCCGACUUUCCCUUCCUGUUACGGGAGCUGGCGGCGCUCGUGAAGCCCGGGGAGCCUGUCGUGCUCGUGGACAACACCUCGUCGAACGCGGUGGCCGCGCUCUACCCGCAAUUCUUGCGAUCCGGGGUGCAUGUCAUCACGCCGAAUAAGAAGGCGUUCUCUGCGGAACUUUCGCUGUAUGAGAGCAUCGUAUCGGCGAGCCUGGCGAGCGGCGCGAAGUUCCUCAACGAGGCCACCGUCGGUGCGGGUUUACCGAUCAUCUCUACGCUCAAGGAUCUCGUGGCUACCGGUGACCAGGUUCUCAAGAUCGAAGGCGUAUUCUCGGGAACGAUGAGUUACAUCUUUAACGAGUUCUCCACCGGGCAAGAGGGCGGCCCGAGCUUCUCAUCCGUGGUCAAGGUCGCAAGGGAGAAAGGCUACACGGAACCUCAUCCCGCCGAUGAUCUCAACGGCGCCGAUGUUGCGCGCAAACUCACCAUCCUUUCCCGCUGCAUCCCAUCCCUACGAUCGUCCUUGCCUGACGGCUACCAGUCUGUCAGCACAAAAUCCCUUGUCCCGCAAGAGUUGGAGGGCAUCGACACUGGGGACGAAUUUAUCGCCCGGCUGCCUGAAUUCGACGAUCACUUCAACAAGAUGCGCGCAGACGCAGCGAAGGAAAACCAGGUGCUGCGGUUCGCAGGCGUAAUCGACGUCGCGUCCGGAACUAUCAAGGCAGACCUCGAAAAAUACCCGGUCACACAUCCGUUUGCGACGGCCCUGGGGGGAUCGGAUAACAUCGUCAUGUUCUACACGGCACGGUACGGGGCAAGGCCUCUGGUUGUGCAGGGUGCUGGUGCUGGCGCGGCGGUCACUGCCAUGGGUGUCAUGAGCGAUCUUCUGAAGCUGGUGUAAAACGCAGCCCGCUAUCAGUAAGGCCCGCAAGAGAACGUGGUAGAGAAGAAAAGCAGGGCAUUCGAAUGGAGCAUGACUCAUGGACCGGCGCGAGAGCAUCCGCUGAUGGCACAUAAACGCGUAUGUUGAAGGUGCCCCGGCGCGCAAAUGGCCCUGGCACUUAGAACCGUAUCAUCAAUGUUCGGCGAGUCUGAGAUGCACUGCAGUCACUGCAGUGCACACUCCACUCAGCGUGUUCCCGCCAAUCCGUUUUUGAGCGAUGAAAAGACAAUAUUACUGCAUGAUGAGGCUGGAUGGUAUGGACCCGACCGACAGUAGUAAGUCAUCAUUGUAGGAGUUGAAUGAGCGGCUGUUACUCAGUAAGUAUGGCGAUUACCGCGAUCAGGAUCGCAUACAAAGAAUUUGAAUAGAUGAGCUCAAUUGG